CUUUGUAGUUUUGUGUGGAGAUGAGGGAGACUGAGAUGUGCUUCUUGCUUAUCACGAUUCACAUCGAGCUUCUGUACAAGCUGAGGAGGAUGCUGAACAGGGCAAUUUGAAGCCAGGAUCAGCUCCUAUAACUGCUUGUUUUUAUUUUUAUUUUUAUUUUAUUUUUUAAUUUCAUUUCUCUUCAUCUCAUUGUCACUAUUUUUUUUAUAUUCCUCAAAUUAAAUUUCGAGACAUCAUGAAAGCCAAUGCAUUUCGGGUGCAUUCCUGCUGCUGGCUGGGACUAUGAUUUAUCAAUGCUCGCAGCUUUGUUCUCAUGACAGACUUGCACACAUUCAGUCUCAUCAGAACAGGAGAGAGCGGUGAAUUGUCCUUAACUUUCUUGCAUCUUCGACGAUUCCAGCUGCAGCAGGUACUUUCUACACUUAAGGUGUUGAAGCAGCCAUGUGGAGCAGAGAGAGCGCUUCUCUACUUCUCAUCUGCCUUCUGGCGCUCACAGCUCUCUGGAAAACCAGAUCAGUGAAUGCCGAUGCCACAUCCGAUGCCUUUAAAACCAACAUCACCCUGUUCACACGGAUCCUGGACAGACUGCUGGAUGGAUAUGACAACCGUCUACGGCCUGGUCUUGGGGACAGGGUAACUGAGGUGAAGACAAACAUCUACGUCACCAGCUUUGGACCAGUUUCAGACACAGACAUGGAGUAUACCAUAGAUGUUUUUUUCCGGCAAAGCUGGAAGGAUGAGAGGUUGAAAUUUCAUGGACCAAUGAAUAUUUUGCCUCUCAACAACCUGAUGGCGAGUAAGAUCUGGACUCCAGACACCUUCUUCCACAAUGGGAAAAAGUCUGUGGCCCAUAACAUGACCAUGCCUAAUAAACUGUUGAGGAUCAAAGAUGAUGGGACGCUGCUGUACACCAUGAGGUUAACUGUGCAUGCAGAGUGCCCAAUGCAUCUGGAGGAUUUCCCCAUGGACUUUCAUUCCUGUCCACUAAAAUUUGGCAGCUAUGCCUACACAAUCUCAGAAGUGACUUAUGCUUGGACUCUAAAUGCCUCUGAUUCUGUGGUGGUGGAAGGAGAAAGCUCCCGUCUGAACCAGUACGAUCUGCUCGGACAAACGGUCGGACAAGAAACUAUCAAGUCGAGCACCGGUGAAUACACAGUGAUGACAGCUCAUUUCCAUCUGAAGAGGAAGAUUGGCUACUUUGUCAUCCAGACGUACCUCCCAUGCAUCAUGACUGUCAUUCUUUCCCAAGUGUCUUUCUGGUUGAACAGAGAAUCAGUGCCAGCUAGGACUGUGUUUGGUGUCACCACUGUUCUCACGAUGACAACACUGAGUAUAAGUGCAAGGAACUCCCUUCCCAAGGUUGCUUAUGCCACUGCCAUGGACUGGUUCAUCGCUGUCUGCUAUGCCUUCGUCUUCUCUGCUUUGAUUGAGUUUGCCACUGUCAAUUACUUCACAAAGCGCGGCUGGGCUUGGGAUGGAAAGAGUGUUGUGAAUGACAAGAAAAAAGAGAGGGCAUCUGUUGUCAAGAAGAAUAAUGCCUACGCUGUAGCAGUGGCUAACUAUGCGCCUAACAUUACCAAGGACUCCAGCACACUUCCAACCAUCGCCAAAGGUGGUGCUGCAGAUCCCAACAAGCCCAAAGCAGAUGGCAAAGUGCAAGACAGCAAGAAGACAUUCAACAGCGUUAGCAAAAUUGACAGGAUGUCAAGGAUUUUGUUUCCAGUUCUCUUUGGCACCUUCAACCUUGUCUACUGGGCCACCUACUUAAACAGAGAACCCGUUAUAAAGGAUAUGGUCCCAUCUAAUUAGAGACCACUUUUAAUGGGUUCUUGUCUGGGGACUAAGAGACGAACCAAAUACCUCCAGCAACUGUGUAUACAUACCUUUGCAGAGUGAAGUCCUGGAUUGCAGUGUGAUCCUCUAUCUCGGCCUGUUUUCUACACCGUCUGCAGCACUUUUGAGAAGCCUGGCUUUUGUAAAUGUGUAUGUAUAUUUAUAUUCAUGGUUCCAUGGUGACAUAUUGUGUGAUUACUUCGAUUAGAGUGCAUAUUUCCUUGAAAGUAUGUUUUCCAGUUACAGUAUGUGGCCAUUGUACAUACAAAUCAAAUGAAGAGUAAACACAUUAACAUUAACACAUACAUUUUUAUUUAAGAUUACUUCUAAAUGUGUUGAGUUUUGCUGGUAAUGCCCACUAUCUUGAUAUUACAGUAUAUAUUUUUCUUUUGAGUGAAAGGGACUGCUUAUAUCAUAAUUAUUUCUGUCCUUGCCAUCUAAGAGUGGCUUUUUUCUGUCCAAGCCAAUGCAAAAACACACUUGUAUAAUAUUGUUACAGUGUAAAAGUUGUUUUAUUAUCUGUGACUACAGUUAUGGGGCUGCAAUCGUACUCUGACCUCCAGAAUCACUGAAACACUCCAAACCAAAAGGCUGUAAAAAACAAAAACAAAAACAAAAACAAAAACAAAACAAAGAUGAACACAACAACAACAUAAACCAACAGAAGAAGCUACAGAAUUAGUGUGCUUGUGCUUGUGAUACAGUGUCGUACUGCCAGCAUCACUUUGUAGUGAUAUCAUUUGGAGUCACAGGAAAAUAUCAUAUUGAGAAGAAAAGAGAAACAAAAGAGGGACUCAGAUCAACAGAAAGCUGCACACAGUGUGUGCUGAGGUGUUAACAGCUAAAACUCAAGCCAUCAAGGUCAAAAAUGAAUGAUUGAUAUAUUUACAUGAAUUUUUAUUUGUGAUAUGUGGAAAAGACAAAACUUUGUAUGUUUUGUUUACACAUGUAUGCUGUCAAGUAUUGUUAGUGCUGGCAGUGUUUAAGAAAAAGUCAACUUGUAAUACUGAAAAGUAUGUAGGAGCACAGUAGUCUAGUUUGUAACUUAUUAACUGUAAUUUAUCAUUUAAACCUAAUAACUGAAUACGAUCAGAAACAUUUGACUAGACGAUAGGAGGAAAGUCCAUGAAGAGAGCAGAGGGACACCACACAAACCUGACUGAAUAUUGCCUUACAACACUUUUAGCUAACAUUAGCACAAAAUGCCUAUUUAUACAUCUAACAGACACAGAGUAACAUUAUCAUCCCAUUGAAGUUGUGUUUUUUGUCACAAAUAUAAGUCCAGGGGUCACUCUCCUUUUAGCUCUGUGUUGAUCUCCAGUAACUCCUGACAAUAAUAUCUAUCUGAAGUGUUACUUUCUUCACCAGCUACCUUACAUGCUGACUUUGUAACUCAGUUUGUCAGAGCAAAUUCAUUAAACAAUGAACUACAAGGGGCUAAAAAACAAUGUAGAGCUGCAGAGUUGGGGGAUAAGUUUCUGUGACCCCUUUCACCUUAGCAUAUGCAUUAAUUGGUGAGCAAAAAUGAUCAUUGCAGUAUUAACAGUAAAGGGAAAAGAAUCUGUUGCUAUAGCUACAAAGAAUUUAUGAGAUGACAGAAGAGGAGCAUGUUUCUUCACAAGCACACUAAUAAGUAUUGUUCACACUUUAUUAUAAUACAAUUUGAUCAUUUUUGUUUUAUUUAUUUAGGCAUUUAAGUGAGUUUCAAGUUAACAUCAUGUGAACUUAUUUCAAAUGUGUAUAUCACAGCUUUUUAUUGGCUUACCACCAGUGGUAAUAACUCUGGAGGACAGUGUGGAUUUGUUGGUGUUGAGUAGAGCACUGUGGCAGUCCUAAACAGCAUGUUGGCCAUUAUCAUUUUUUGCUCAUUAUUCAUAGCCAGUGUCUGGUUAUUUCCAACACAUUUCAUGAUCCCACCAGCUGUUUUGAAAUAAUUACAGAUUUGAAAGGGAUAGGAUUGUAAACAUAAACCUGUUUUGUGCCAGUGUGAACCUCAGUGAAUCAUAUGUGGAAGUUCUUUUAAUAGUCACAUUUCUCUGCUGUUUCUCUGUGUAAUUGGUCUGAAGUGACAGGAUACAGGCAGGAUUUGGGAGUAAAUUAAUAUUUUUUAUCAUGAAAUGAUCAUAGAUUUGUCAUUUCAUCUCAUAUUCUUAUGCUGUACACACUAAAACUUUGGACUGACUCAAAAGCCAUAUACAGUCAUCAGCAAAAAAAUAACAGGGACAACCAAUGAUUGUACUUUUUGAGGAUGAGUGGGAACAAAAAUCAUCAUACCAUUUAGUUGGUUAAAUAUCCCCCAAAACAUAUGAGACAAAGCAAAAAAGCAUUGUAUAAACCUGUUUUGUAGAAGAUGCUCUUUCACAAUCUCGGCCAUGUUCACUGUAUAUUGAUAAGACAAAUCAUGUUCAGCCCCAUAUCAGUAGCCAUGUACGGGACUCUACUGUGUAACCUUUUUCUCAUAAAGUGAUAUGAUUUUGCUUCACAUCAGUAUUUCAACUUAAUUUAACUUAAUUUGACUGUUGAAACAAAUUUUGCAUGAAGAUGAAAUCUAGGAUUUAGAUUUAUUUUUUACAGAUUAUGUUGUGGGAUAUACUUAUUUUUAAUUCAGUUUUUCUUCAACAUCCUGAUAGAAUCUUAAACAUUCCAGAUAAAAUGAUUGUUCACGAGGUGGAUGCUUGAUUCAGUGCACAGUUUCUAAUAAAACACAUAUCAUUUCAAUUCUUUA